GUAGCAAAGAGCCAAUGGGGUGAGGGAGUCGUACGCGGCGCCUCCGCCCUCACUGCCAGCUACGUCACUGCGCUCUCAGUGUAUCCCGACGCGGUGGCGGCGCCUGUUUUUUUUAAGUCUGUAUCUGCUAUUGUCGGUGACCGGGAACCGGGAUGGGAGUAACCGUGGAGAGCGUCUGUCCCGGCGACGGACAAACAUUCCCAAAGAAGGGCCAGAAAGUAGUUGUACACUAUGUGGGGUAUCUGGAAAAUGGAAAGAAGUUUGACUCCUCUCGAGACAGAAACAAGCCCUUCUCUUUCUAUAUUGGAAGGAAUGAGGUGAUCCGUGGCUGGGACGAAGGCGUUGCACAGAUGAGUGUGGGGCAAAAGGCACGUCUCACGUGCACCCCGGAUUAUGCAUAUGGCAGCACAGGACACCCUGGCAUCAUCCCACCUAAUGCCACACUUAUUUUUGAUGUGGAGCUACUUCGACUGGAGUAGGUGUCAGUUGACCCUAGAGGGGUUGGUGCUGAGAGCUGUCUGCCUCCGAUGACUAUUUUUCCGUGUGAGCAGAGUACAGAACACAGUGGGCAUGCAGCCUAACCCUAGCCUCCUCCCCACUUUUACAUAUUGUCUUUUUUGUCUUUUUACCUGGGUGGCUGGGGUGGUACUGAGCAAUCCCGCCUAAUGUUUUGAAAAGGUUAAGAUGACUGCACCAAACACCUAUUCCACAUCCAGCCAAUAACGUCACAGCUCUGUAAAAAGGGUGGAGUAUUGCUCUAAUUUUGACCACCUGGGCAUGGCAACCACAAACCUAGAGUUUAGACAGCUCUAUUAAAGUUCCCUCUAGCUACACCAGAACUGUCUGCCUCUGCACUGCUUUGCCUACGUGGCUGGUCCUGUCUGCGUCGCAUGCAGCCCCCAGUGUGCACAAUCCACAUUAAACGGCUUUUCUCUA